GAAACAGAAUUUAAUCCAAAGUUUACAUUCCUAUUCCCAACUUUUACUUCUAUCGCUUUCUUUAGUACUAAGUAAUUACUAGGUGCGCUCUUGAAUUUGCGCAAGAAUAGCACAGUAUCCUCAACCAGAAACUCUACGUAGAAAACGCGGUUGGAAGGAAACCCUAUCUACCGAAAGAACAUAUUCCCUUCCUACAAAAUGUCCACCAUGGAUGAUAAAUACCCAGAAGACAAAGAGCGCGGCGAGAACACAACAACCUCCCAACAACAUGCCCUCGACCGCUCCAACACGUCCAAUCCACCCACCCACUCCGCCCGCCAAACCGCCUUCCUCCUAACCCUCCUAUGGACAUGCUGGCUCGUAGCGUGUACAUCCGACACGUUCCUCUCCAUCGAACGAGCAAUGGCAACAUACACACGCAUGACACCGUUGCAAUACUGGAUUUACCGCAAGCGCUGGGACGUCUGGGUGUAUCGGACCUCUCCAUGGCCCAUCUUGCCCGGCCCAGCGCUGACCAAGAUAUGCAUCGCCAGUCUGACCCUCUGCACGCUACUCUUCUUAACUCUCACCAACACCCGGCAUGCUAGCAAAGACGACGUAAGCCUCGCUGUUACCAACCUUAGCAUGAGCGUAUGCAUCGUGGUUGGCACAUGGGUCGGUGCAGCGCCGCGGGAAGUUGCAUUGAUUGCCAUGCCGAUUGGGUGGCUGGUUGCUGCGACGGGGUUCCUUGUAUGCAGCAGAGCGACGGGGAACAGGGACUUUGGCGCUGCAUUACACGUCAGCGAAAAAGUGGGGAGUUGGGUUAAUAGCGCGAGUUUAGCGGUGUUUUUCGCGCUGAAUGUGUGGGUUUUUGGGUUUGAGAAUGAGUUUGUCAUUCUGUAUUGUGCGUGGCGGGCGGUGGGGGUCGUGUAUAGGUGGCUCGGCUGAUUGAUCUAAGAUAUCCCUUGGAGCUCUGCUGGUUUGAGUUGUUGAAUACUUAUCUUGGCUUGGAAUCGAGGACGAGAGCAUAUGAGAAGUCUAGUCUAGUGUGUACGCCCGACACUACACCCUGCGAACCAACCACUCCAACUCCUCUGCCUGCUCUUCCGUAACGAUAUCCCUAAACUUGUCCAGCGUCAAGAAGUCGUGAUCAGAGUACUC